AUGUCUCAAGUUGAAGAGACCAAGGAGGUCAUCGUCUCGAGACCUCCAACAGCCGUGUGCGCCCCAGAGAGCCCAAGCGAAGCCAGCUUCGUAGACAUCGAGAAGUGCAUCAUCAAAGAUGUCUCCGAGUUGAUGAUAAAGGACGAAUACUGCUAUGACCUUGAGGCACAAAGCACCAAGAGGAAAGUGAUUGCACCGAUUCGGUAUACAUUCCUCAACAUCUACCGUCGGCUCUUCACUCUUGUCUUCCUGGCCAACAUCGGAGUCUUCAUCUAUGUGCUGAUUGCACGUCGGAAACUUCUCGCGCUCAUCAAUGCUGCGGCAGCCAAUCUGCUUGCAUGCGGUCUUGCGAGACAGCCUCUGGUCGUGAACACCAUCUUCUUCACAGUAUGCUCGAUACCAAGGUCCGCACCCCUGUGGAUGCGCCGCAUAGCAUCCAAGGUGUACCAUUAUGGCGGCGUACAUAGCGGAUGUGGUGUUGCCUCCCUCGUCUGGUACCUGGGCUUCGUCGGCCAGUUCUCUCGAGAGUACUUCUCUCCCGGCACAGGCAUCACAACUCCAUUCUCGGUGGCGCCAAUCAUCCUCACAUACAUCAUUAUGGCCCUGCUGCUCGCAAUCAUAAUCGUCGCCUACCCAGGCUUCCGAUUCAAGCGGCACGACUACUUCGAACUCACCCACCGCUUCUCCGGCUGGCUGGUCAUAGCACUCUUCGUCGUUCUCCUCAUGGUCUUCGUCCAUGAGUUCUCCGCCGCCGAAGGCACACCCAUGGGCCGCUUCCUGAUCGAGCUCCCAGCCUUCUGGUUCCUCAUGGUUGUCGUCGCAGCAAUCAUCCAGCCCUGGCUACUCCUCCGCAAGGUCAAGGUCACGCCCGAAUACCUCUCUCCACACGCCACCCGCCUCCAUUUCUAUCACACAACAACCACCUUCGGCAAGGGCAUCCAGCUCUCCAAGCACCCACUCCGCGACUGGCACUCCUUCGCAACAUUCCCAGACGCCGAUCGAGACGGCAAGAGCUUCUCCAGCGUCGUCUCCAAAGCAGGUGACUGGACCUCCGCGUGUAUAAAAGAGCAACCAACCGCCCUCUGGAAGCGCGGCGUGCUCAUGUACGGUUUCGCAUACGCAAUGCGGGUAUACAAGCGCGUGGUAGUCGUGACAACUGGAUCCGGCAUGGGUCCCUGCCUCUCCUUCCUCGGCGACGACAACCGGCCCAGCCUCCGCGUCAUCUGGCAGACGAGAGCACCCAAGCGGACCUACGGCAAGGGGGUGCUGAAUCUGGUUGGCAUGAUGGAUCCGAACCCUGUGAUUAUCGAUACAAAUUCAUCCGGCCGCCUCGACAUGAUUCCCGUUAUUCGGCAGAUCGCGCGCGAGCACGACGCAGAGGCGAUCUGUGUCGUCAGUAAUCCGUUUGUGACGAAGAAGGUGGUCUUCGAGCUUGAGUCGAUGGGGAUACCGGCGUAUGGACCGAUUUUUGAUUCAUGA